AUUUCAUCUGAAACUACAUUACCUAUAUUUUAUUAUAAGUUCAUAAAAUGUUCUUAGUUGACAUGCGAAUUUUUCUAUGGUAUUUUUAUGUUUUCAUCAUUGUUGAUUUAGCUCUGAAGGCCAGUGCAAAGUCAAGUCAAAAGGCAAAACCUGCAGAUGACCCACUUCGAGCUUAUAAUGAGGUCGUGCAAAACUUAAUAAAGAACUGGGAGUCGCCCGUUAUCUUGCUUAGAGAACGAGGUUUCCUACCUAAAAACUACGAGGAUACGUCGAAAAUCAAACCCAACUUAGAUGCUUUGAUGCAGCGAAUGGAGAGGGCCAAAAGGGAUCAAACCAAUUGCAAAGACAUCAUUGUAAAACCGAGAGAAAUGCGGGAAAUAAAGCGGCCAAAAAAAGCCCAAAGAAAUCACAGGGGUUCUUUAGCAUCCACGAGAUCUAUGCUUUCAAGCCUGGAGCAGUUGAAAGUCUUAGAUAGCAAGGCAAAGUCCGAUUCCAAGGCGAACGACCAGGAGCUACAACUGCUGUCAAUGAAGCGACGCUUGGAACAGUUACAAGAAGGAGCCGCCAGUCAGGAUCUGCCAGGAUAUCUUAGGCAGAUCAAACUAUUUCCAAGAACCAAGGAUCCUGUGAAGUCUGCGCAAAGCUACGAUGAAGUAUAUCAGCGAAUGAUUGAGAAGACGAGUCCACACUCUAAGCACCGCUCCAAUUCGCAUUUAGAAAAAUUCGCUCCAGGAGUCAACCACAAAUCUUCUAAUGUGCAAUUGGGUUCCAGAGAAGAACAGCUGUUGAAUACAAUGCCAAUUAGUUUGAGUACGUAUAGAGCGCACAGCAUUCUGCACAAUCUAAUUGAUAAACCCGCCAUUGAUCUGUCCAAAUCUAGUCGAGAAGAGGCCCAGAAAAGCAAAGAUGACGCGGCGGCACCUAUCUUGGAAUCGGAAUUGGCGGCGCCCAGGUAUUUGAAUUGGGACAUGAAAAAAGGGCGACUCGACCAUUACUCAAGGGCUGAAAAGGAGGCCUACUUGAAUCAGUUGGUUAGAGUGUUCGGGCAAAACCUUGACUUGAAGGAGACCCAGCCAAAAAAGGGAUGAACCGUCUUCCUAGAAUCACACAACCCACUCCAUAACGAUCACAUUAAUUAUCUCAAAAUGAUUCGAAAUAUAUGAUCUCCGUUCAAUGAGUCAUAAUCCAUUUGGAAUCCGUGCCAUGCACAGUAAUUAUAGCCAUUUCCCAUUUCUUGAUGAUCAACAAUGAUCCUACGUCAUAUCAAUGGCAUCAGCAUGAUGAUUUGGAUUCCGCUUGUUUACCUUGGGUGAGAACGCAAAGAAAUCACAGGAUAUUUCUGUUUACCAUUUCUCAGUACACAUGCCCCUUUUUUUAUGUUGACCCCAAAUAUUGAUUCGACAAGUAUAUGGAUAUUAGAAGUCAAUAUA